AAGUGUUUGCGGCCGGCUAGUAGGAAGUGGCGCUUCCGGGAGUGGAGAUGGCCGCGCUGGCCCCGCUGCCGCCGUUGCCCGCGCAGUUUAAGAGCAUACAGCAUCAUUUGAGAACGGCUCAGGAGCAUGACAAGCGGGACCCCGUGGUGGCCUACUACUGUCGCUUAUAUGCUAUGCAAACUGGAAUGAAGAUUGAUAGUAAAACUCCUGAGUGUCGUAAAUUUUUAUCAAAGCUAAUGGAUCAGUUAGAAGCUCUUAAGAAACAGCUGGGAGAUAAUGAAGCUGUUACUCAAGAAAUAGUUGGUUGUGCCCAUUUGGAGAAUUAUGCUUUGAAAAUGUUCUUGUAUGCAGACAAUGAGGAUCGAGCGGGACGGUUUCACAAAAACAUGAUCAAGUCCUUCUACACCGCGAGCCUUUUAAUCGAUGUCAUAACAGUGUUUGGCGAGCUGACAGAUGAGAAUGUGAAACACAGAAAGUAUGCAAGGUGGAAGGCAACAUAUAUCCAUAACUGCUUAAAGAACGGGGAGACACCUCAAGCAGGCCCUGUUGGAAUAGAAGAAGAUAACGAUGUUGAAGAAAAUGAAGAUGUUGGUGCCACCUCUCUGCCCACUCAGCCGCCUCAGCCAUCAUCUUCAACAUAUGACCCAAGCAACUUGGCACCAGGCAGCUAUAGUGGGAUACAGAUUCCACCAGGUGCACAUGCUCCAGCUAAUACACCCGCAGAAGUGCCACACAGCACAGGCGUAACGAGUAAUACCGCGCAGCCUAGUCCACAGACUGGUCCAGUCAUCGAUCCUGACCUGUAUACAGCUUCCCAAGGGGAUAUCCGCCUGACACCAGAGGACUUUGCCCGAGCUCAGAAGUACUGCAAAUACGCUGGCAGUGCUCUGCAGUAUGAAGAUGUGGGUACCGCGGUGCAGAACCUACAGAAGGCUCUCAGGCUGCUGACAACAGGCAGGGAGUGAAGCCAUGUGUUUGCAGCCUCCAGAACUAACAUCCAUCACACUUUCCUCAGCCUGUCGGGAGCAUGGUUGAACAGAAGACUACAGUUCUACUGAGUGCGACAAUGACUCCUGUGUGCUUCAGAUUCUUAGGGAAGCAUUCUUCGGCUGCCUCAGCCAGUUGUCAUUGUCCAGUGAGUGGAUCCACUUUUCUCUGAGCAUAGAGAGGUGAUCUUAGCAUCAAACCCUGCUUCAAAAAAGGAAAAUGUCCCUGUAGAAAAUCAUGUUGGAUAUAAGCUUUCUUAAUUUAUGUACACUAAAGGAAGUUUUUGAAAAAUCUGUAAUAUUUGGACAAACCAUAUUAUGUUGCUAUAAUAUCCUAAAUUAAACGUUUAAUAAAGAUUGCCAGAAUAUUCUGGAUUGGAGAUCCUGGCUUUUUUCCCCCCUCUUAGGAUUUGUAAGCCAAAUGUGAACAUCCAAAAAUGGUAAAUGAUAACAAAUUAAAUGUAGCUUAUAUUCAUGUUUAGAUAAAACUAGGUUAAAAAAAAAGGUCAUUCAAGUACAAGGUCUUGGAGAGGUAGAAAAAUUAUUACUGAAAUGACACUGGCUUCCAGUGACUCCAUCCUACCCAGUGGCAUGCAAAGGGGGUCACUAUCCUUCAGCAGCAGUUGACUCAUAUUAGAAGAUGAAAUGCAAAUGGUUGCACAUGGGUGCUUUAAAGAUGCCCUUCUGCCCUUGUGGAAUUGUAGCAGGGGGAUAAAGAAGGCCAUAGUAUGUUCAGUUCUGGGGAAUUUAAUAAGUUUUAUAGGGGUUAUGCACCACCUGCAGGUGUGCUCUAUGUACAUUAAUACCAAUAUUCUUUUAUUUUUUUCUAUGCACUUCAUAACCAACCAUGUUGUGAUUUACAUGAUAGAAAUAUCUUUUUUAUUAAAUGUUUUUAACUAAAAGGUGAAUUUAAUAAAUUCAAUUGAAUUUG